AGUUUCAUGUAUUUGCAAAUUUAGAACUAUAAUUAAAUUACAAUUCAUUCUUUUUUAUAUAUGCCAGAAGUUACUUCGUCACUUUAAAUUCGCAUAUUAUGAAAAAAUUAUUUUAGAAUAUAUGAAUUAAAAUGUGGUAUAUUGAAAAUAAAGAUUCAAAAGUUCCAGGGGUAAUUGGACUGCCCAAUCUUGGAAAUACAUGUUAUAUGAAUGCAGCGCUCCAAGCAUUAGCAAAUUGCCAGGCUUUGGCCAAUUAUUUUCUAAAUUUUAUUAAUCAGGUUAAAACAUGCAAAAAAAACGAUCUUUCUUUAAGUUAUUAUAAUUUGAUUUGUGAGAUAUGGGACAAUGAUAGGAAUCCAACUUAUUUGACACCACAAAAUAUAUUGAAAAUUAUGAGGAUGCAUUAUCCUCAGUUUAGAGGGUAUAAUCAAUGUGAUGCUCAGGAAUUUUUACGCUGCUUUAUGGAUUUAUUACACAAUGAACUAAAAGAGAAAGUGCCUGCCAUUAAGCCUAAUAAUUUUUAUGAUAUUCCUACCAUGCCAAAUCAACACUAUAAAAAAUUCUUUAAUAUACCAAAUCAUGUUUUAAAUAAAAAAUUACAAUCUCAAAAUUAUUUUUUAAAAUCAAUUAUUGAUGAUACAAGUAGCCAAUCUUCAUCUUUUGAUUAUGAGACAUGUGAUUCUGGACAUGUUAGUGAUGGCACAGAAGAUUCUACAUUGCGAAAACUAAGCAAAACGUCAGAUAUUCAUAAAAUGUCAGAUUCCUUAAAUUAUUUAGAAUUGGAUAACAUUCUAUUUAAUGGUGAUUUAGAUAAGACAACUAUUAAUUCAUUGUCUAUAGAUGAUGUGGAUAUCUUAAUGCCAGAAUCCACUUCAAAUUGUACUUCUGUGACAAAUUAUCCCAAUAUAAUAUGUAAAGAGUUAAUGACCAAUAAAUCUGAACAAAACAGUUUGGAUUUUACAAAAAUAUCAAAUCAAAAAGGAAAAAUUAAAAAUAAAUUUAAGAAUUAUUCAAAUUAUAAUUUUAUUACAAAUGCUAAGACUAAAAACAAAACCAAUAAACAUUCAAGGAUGUUAAACACGUUGAAUACUCAAAGGAAAUAUAACAGGAAAAGAAUGAUUAAUAAGAAUAAUAAACUUAGUAUUAUACAAGGAAGAACAGAUGAAGAUAUUAAUCCUCAUAUAAAAAUUGAAACCUAUAAUUCUGGGAAAUUGCUUCAUAGAUCAAAUUUGAUUUCUCAAAAUUUAAAUUUUGAUGAAAAUGCUCAAAAUAAUUUUAACAAACAAUUAAAUAACAUGGAUCUUAUGUCUUCCAACUCACAGACCUCAACAAAUUCCACUGAUUUAUUAAAUCCCUCUCCCUCAAUGACCUUUACAUCUGGAAAAGUAACAAAAGAAACUCAGUCACUAUCUAGCUCACCAUUUAUAAAGCCUAAAAUCGAUAGAGCAAACCUCUCAAAUCAGCAUGUUCAUAUUUCUCCAGGGAAUUCAUCUAAAAUCACAUAUUCAAACAACUUCAGAAAAAAUUUUAUCAAUAAAAGCAUUAUUUCUGACAUAUUUGACGGCAAAAUAAUGAGUACUGUGGAGUGUCUAACCUGUCAUACGAUCUCCAAGACUGUUGAAAUAUUCCAAGAUUUAUCUUUACCCAUUCCCUCCCUAAAUCAAGUCACAAAUUUGCCAAUCAACUAUAAAAAUCGAUUUGAUUCACCCCAGACAAUAACACAAAGAUAUGUCAGUACAUAUUCUAUUGAUAACACCACUAUUGAUAAAGAUAUGCCCCCAGAAAUGGGAAACAAUCAAAGGAGUCUUUCCUUAAUCUCCAACAAUGAGGAUAAUAUAUCAUUAGCCGGUAAUAAAUUGCUAGGUGCUAUUCGAUGCCAGGAUAUAAGCAAUAAAUUAACUUCCAUUCCUCCGACUUCCCUAACUAAUAUUGCCACGUGGAUUUACGGUUGGGUUAUGAGAUUUUUACCCAUAGGCGUUCCAAUCACAUUGCAAAAUUGCUUGUCCACUUUUUUUGCCUGUGACGAAUUGAACGGAGAUAACAUGUACAGUUGUGACAAUUGCAAAAAACUAAGAAAUGGUAUAAAGGAUUCAAAGAUUAUAAAGUUGCCAGAAGUGCUCUGCAUUCACCUCAAACGAUUCAGACACGAUUUUUCUUAUUCAUCCAAAGUUUCAACCAAAAUCGAUUUCCCUUUGCAAGAUUUGGACAUGGGACCUUACCUUGAUAAAUCAUGCCGAGACGAGAUUCAAACUUACGACCUCGUAGCCGUGAUAUCGCAUCGAGGCACGUCGCUAGCGGGCGGGCACUAUACAACAUGUGCUUUGAACCACUAUGACGGCCAUUGGUACGAGUUUGAUGACGACUCUGUUACCAAAAUCAAGGAAUUUCAAGUCGAGAAGGUCGAGCCUUACGUUCUAUUUUAUGGCAAAAAUCAAGACGCUAUAUCGCUGAAAAGGAUGGAUGCCUCACGUUUACAACAAGAAUACGAUCCUGAACUCAAAAAUCAUCUCCCUUUUUACAUAUCCAAACAAUGGUUAAAUAGAUUCAAUUUUACUGCAGAGCCAGGCCCUAUAGACCAGAGUGACUUUGUGUGUUUACAUAGAUCCGUGAAACCUAAUAGAUUUGAUAUGGUUGAAGAUAUGUGUCAGGAUAUUGGUAUAGAUACCUGGAUGUACCUCUAUAAAAACUUUGGAGGGGAGAUGCCUCUAAACGCCUUGCAAGAUUGUGGCAUCUGUGAGGAAGAAGAAAGGUUGAUAUCGGAAAAAAGAAAAGAAGAACUUAACUUUUAUAAUGAGUAUAUGAGACUACAGUAUACAGAUGCCUAUCGCGAUAACAAUUCAUUUCUGAUAAAUCUAACAUGGUUCAAGGAAUGGGAAAAUUUUAUUAAAGGACAGGAAUCUGAUCCACCAGGUCCAAUCGAUAAUAGAACUAUCUUAAAAUUCAAGAAUGAUAAGCUAUCAUCAAACAAAAAUAUGCCCUUAUGCAAUGUGGGUGAAAAUCUGUGGAAAUUUUUGAUAAAGCAAUAUGAUGGUGGACCUGAAAUUUCCUCUCGCCCUAAUUAUUUGUAGAUUGUAGGAUAUAUUCUUUAUCAAAGAGAAAAACAAACGAUUACUUUUAAUAACCGCAAAACGAUGAUUUAAAAACAAUAUGCAUUAUUUAUAUUAAAUGAUUUUGUAGACAAUAUUUUUAUAUCAUUUUUAAUAUUAUUUAUAUUUAACUUAAAGGAAGUGUCUAUUUAUAGGGAACAAAUAUUGUAGACUUAAUAUAAUGUUUUGAUUUAAAGAUAGGUUAGUCCAUUUUGUAAAAAGGAUUAAAACUUAAGUUAUUUGGUGUCCUAUUCGAAUUAGAGUCAGGUAUUCCAAAUAACUGCAAGAAUCAAACGUCCAAAUUAA